GCACAGCGACCUCGCCCUCGCCGGCACCCACCCGCGGAGGGGCGGAGGAGCCGCGGCGGUGUCGGUGGACCCACAGUGACUCUCCGCGGUCCGCUGCGGCUAUUACAGGCGAGGCGUUCCGAAGGAGGAGGAACAUAGCGGGGCGGUUUCCUGACUGCGAGGGAAGAGACGAGCUGGGCUGCGGGAGCCUCGGCUGCUCCCGGCUGCUCCUCCGGGGAUGCAGAAGCCUUCGUGAUUCGGCCGGUCCCGCGGAGCCUCUAUCCUGCCGCAUCCGAGGCUUUUUGGAGGAGUUUGGAUGAACCCCUUCUCCAGGCAUCUCCAUGUCCAGAAGAACUGCUGAGAUGUUCCACCAAGCCUUUCUAUCCACCCUGCUUUGCGUGGCACUAGUUCCACUCCACGCUCAGUUUGAUGAUGAACCUGUUACCUCCUGUACAGAAAAGACGGAUUGCCCCAUCAGCGUGUACUUUGUCAUUGACACCUCGGAGAGCAUUGCUCUGCAGACUGUGCCUAUCCAGAGCCUCGUGGAUCAAAUAAAGCAGUUUAUCCCUCGGUUCAUUGAAAAAUUGGAGAAUGAGGUGUACCAGAACCAAGUCUCCAUCACUUGGAUGUUUGGAGGACUUCAUUACUCAGAUGUGGUGGAAAUUUACAGCCCUUUAACGAGAAGCAAGGACACGUACCUCACCAAGCUCCGUGCCAUUAACUACCUUGGCCGAGGCACCUUCACGGACUGUGCUAUCUCCAACAUGACACAGCAGUUCCAGAGCCAGACGGCCCGGGAUGUGAAGUUUGCGGUGGUCAUCACCGACGGCCACGUCACCGGCAGCCCCUGUGGGGGGAUGAAGAUGCAGGCUGAGAGGGCACGCGACAUGGGGAUCAAGCUCUUUGCCGUGGCCCCCAGUGAGGACGUCUACGAGCAGGGCCUGCGGGAGAUCGCCAGCCCACCGCACGACCUGUACCGCAGCAACUACACCAUCACGCCUAAAGAUGCCCUGCACAUUGAUGAGAACACUAUCGAGAGGAUAAUCAAAGCGAUGAAACAUGAAGCCUAUGCUGAGUGCUACAAGAUGAGCUGCCUGGAGAUUGCAGGUCCAGCUGGUCCCAAGGGGUACCGAGGGCAAAAGGGUGCGAAGGGAAACAUGGGUGAACCAGGCUCCCCUGGACUGAAGGGACGGCAGGGUGAUCCAGGUAUUGAAGGUCCAAUUGGAUACCCCGGUCCUAAGGGUGUUCCAGGGCUGAAAGGAGAAAAGGGUGAGAUUGGAUCCGAUGGACGGAGGGGCGCAGCUGGUUUGGCAGGCAGGAAUGGCACCGAUGGACAGAAGGGCAAGCUGGGGAGAAUUGGACCACCAGGCUGCAAGGGGGAUCGUGGUGACAAGGGCCCUGAUGGCUACCCAGGAGAUGCAGGAGACCAAGGUGAAAGAGGAGAUGAAGGCAUGAAGGGAGAUCCUGGCCGGCCUGGUCGCAGUGGACCCCCUGGACCUCCAGGAGAAAAAGGGAGCCCGGGAAUUCCUGGCAACCCUGGAGCUCAAGGACCUGGUGGAAGCAAAGGAAGAAAAGGUGAAACAGGACCUCCUGGACCCAAAGGAGAGCCUGGUCGACGUGGAGAUCCAGGAACAAAAGGCAGCAAAGGCGGUCCAGGCACCAAGGGAGAAAGAGGAGAUCCUGGUCCAGAAGGUCCCCGUGGCCUGCCGGGAGAGGUUGGAAACAAAGGAGCAAGGGGAGACCAAGGACUGCCAGGACCACGAGGCCCUACGGGUGCUGUGGGAGAGCCAGGCAACAUAGGAUCACGUGGGGACCCUGGGGACUUGGGCCCAAGAGGUGAUGCUGGACCGCCGGGUCCAAAGGGUGACAGAGGCAGGCCUGGCUUCAGCUAUCCUGGACCCAGAGGACCGCAGGGUGACAAGGGUGAGAAGGGGCAGCCAGGGCCCAAGGGAGGAAGGGGUGAGCUUGGACCAAAAGGAACACAAGGAACAAAAGGAGAGAAGGGAGAACCGGGUGAUCCUGGCCCAAGAGGUGAACCUGGAUCCCGAGGCCCAACUGGUGAAGCAGGCCCAGAGGGGACCCCUGGCCCACCAGGAGAUCCGGGCCUGACUGACUGCGACGUGAUGACCUACGUGCGAGAGACGUGCGGAUGCUGUGACUGUGAGAAGCGCUGCGGUGCCCUGGAUAUCAUGUUUGUCAUAGACAGUUCAGAAAGUAUUGGUUACACCAACUUCACUCUGGAGAAAAAUUUUGUUGUGAACGUGGUCAGCCGGCUGGGCUCCAUCGCCAAGGACCCCAAAUCAGAGACAGGUGCCCGUGUUGGGGUGGUUCAGUACAGUCACGAGGGGACAUUUGAAGCCAUCAAACUUGAUGAUGAGCGCAUCAAUUCACUGUCGAGCUUCAAGGAAGCAGUGAAGCGCCUGGAGUGGAUUGCUGGAGGCACCUGGACGCCUUCUGCUCUUCAGUUUGCUUACAAUAAGCUCAUCAAAGAAAGCCGUCGAGAGAAGGCCCAGGUGUUUGCUGUAGUGAUCACAGAUGGACGCUACGACCCUCGGGAUGAUGACAAGAACCUAGGGGCUCUUUGUGGCAGAGAUGUGCUCGUCAACACCAUUGGCAUCGGGGACAUAUUUGAUCAGCCAGAACAGAGCGAGACCCUGGUCUCCAUUGCCUGCAACGAACCCCAGCGAGUCCAGAAGAUGAGGCUCUUCUCAGAUCUUGUGGCAGAGGAAUUCAUUGACAAGAUGGAGGACAUGCUCUGCCCAGAUCCACAGAUCGUCUGCCCUGAGCUGCCCUGUCAGACAGAUGACAGGAACCCUGGAAAUGUAAACCCACUUAUUUUCCGCCCCAUGGAAGAGGGAGUCAACAUAAAUAUUCCCAGCACCAUACAUUCGAUCGCCCAGUUCCUAAACUCCACGCGGGAAACGCAGGACCCCAGAAUGUACACCCAGCUGGUGGCCACUUUGGCCUUUACUGCCGAAAAAGCCAAGUUUGCCACUGGAAAUGAGCGGCAAGAAUGGAUGGACCUGUUCAUUGACACCUUCAAAAUGGUGCACAGCGAGAUUGUGGGGGACCCAGAAACCGUGCUAGGGCUUUGCUGAUGUCUCCAUUCUAGGCAACAUGAAGUGCAUGGAGGCAGGGAUUGAGUAGAGAUGGAGAAUUGUUUGGAGCUGUAAUUUUCUUUCAAGUGCCUGUUUGGCAAGGAGGGCAGGUACAUUGGCAGAAGCUUUUAUUUAGGAGAAAAAGAGGCAGUGACAUGGCUUGGCAGGGCUCAGCCAGGGAUGUGACACAAGAGGCAGGCCUCUCCAGCUUGGCUGGCUGGUGAGCAUGGCAGCUUUCCCUUUGCCUGCUGCUUUUCUGCAGCGGCAGUGCCAAGUGCUGGCAGGACAGUGGCACUGCCUUGGUUUCUGAGCCAGACAUGCUGCUGCUCUUUCUCUUCGUGCUCCUGCCCUGCUCUGGCAGCGUAGUGCAUCUCAGUCCUCAGCCACACGUGAGCGAGGGCUCCUGCACAGAGUGCAGCACGUGUGGCUGCAGGCAAGAGCAAGUCCCUUGUUUGCAGACAGCCCAGCAAUGCUCUUUUCCCACGUUUGUCUUUACUUCUGAAGCAUCUUCUGUGCUGUUUUGUUGUGUGUUACUGUGAGGGCUCUCUUUGGGUCCCAGAAAGCAUUUUUGUGGCAAGAUUGGCCAAGCAAGGUGCAUGUCCUCUCACUGUGGUGUUUCUGUACAAGUGUUUGCUAGGCAUCAUAGGGUACUGAGGGGAAGAGUAAGGAAUAUGAGAGGGCAGCUCCCAGCUUUCCAUCGUGAGCAGGAAAACUUGAGUUCUUCUGUCAGAAGGUGUAUAUACUGUGUGCACAUUUGCUUGUGCACUUGCAUUUCUUUCGUCUUAAUUCACAAUGUGUGCUUAUUCAUAUCCAGGAGACAGGGGUUAUAUAGGACCAGAAAGUCCAAAGCAAAAAUCCACAAUUGCACAAACCUCUGUGAUAUGUCACAUAAGCUAUUUAAAAGCAAGUAUUUAAACUUGAUGCAGUACAGUCAAUGGAAUCCAUACCCAGUGCUAGUUUGGUUCAGGGAGACUAUAGAGCCACUAUUUGUGCUGUGGAUAGGUUUGUUUAGAUGAGGAGGGAUACUUCCAUGCACUCUACCACCACUGAUUUCCAGAAAAAGUCAGACAGGUGUCUGCCUUUUGUGUCUCUAGAGUAUCUAUUGCUCCCUACACAAAAGUGUUUACUGCCAGCAAGUGGAUUUUGCAGCCUCUCUAUCUGACGUGGUGUUAUUGCAAUAAACUAUACUGAGCAAAUGUCAUGAGCAGAAUUGAGAUUUAUAGUCUUCAAAAAUGUGGUUGGGCUACAAUGAACUGGUGUGUAAGGUAUGUGAAGGGGAGCCAGUUGCCAUACCGUAGCCAAGCUCAGAAACAACUGGAACAAAGAGCUUGCCCACUUUGAACAUUUCACAGUUUUAUUUCAAAGUCCUGGGCUUAUCAGUCUAAGUUAGAAUUUGUCCAGUGACAGACAACGUGGUAUUUGUGGGAUUAGGUAUUUUUACCCUAUGAUCAGCAUGUGACUUAGCCUGCUGGGUGCAACUGACAUGACUGAAUUUGGAGGAGCAUUGUGUGAAUGCGUGGGGCUGCUCUGCACACACAUGUCAUUACUGAUGGCAGGAAAAUGGAUGUUAUCUCUGCAGUUCUGCUUUUUGAGCUGCUUUUGUUAGCCUCAGCUGUUGUCUGGCAGUCAGAAUGCAGUACAGUGAGUUGCAGGCUUUGCUCUAAGCAGCACCAGCAGGAUUAGUGCUCCAGUUAAAAGCAUGAUGUGAAGAUUUUAGUUGGCUUAAUCUGUGGUGGUGCUUAACCACUUCAGCCACCUGCAGUUAAGGACAAGAAUUUUGCUUCUUGCUGCAGGAAAGGGAACUCGGGUCCAUGCCCCUCAGAAGUGAGAGCAAAGUAUAACUGAAGCAUGAUUCUGAACAGGACAAACCCAAGGUUGUGCAGCCACUGCACUGGCCACUAUGAGGAGUUUCUCUAGGGAGCACUCCUGCAGUAGACACAGGUAGAGAACUGCCUGGAGAGCCAGCCAUGCAUUAUGCAUCUUUUAGCAACCUGGUCUUGUUGUGGGGGGGGGAUGGGGUGAGGAGUGGAGGGAGAAUGGGAGAGGGUUGGAGGUCUUUAAGGUCCUUUCUGAAUUCAAGCCGUUCUGUGAUUCUAUUAUUUUAUGCUGUUGCUGAAGCUUCGUGGAGAGAUGCUGAUGUCUGCUUAACUAGGAGUUCCUAGCAUUUUCUGUAGGUAAAUUUAGGGUGGGAUUGGGUAGCACAUGCUUGUAGUCAAAACAUAGACAAGCAAUGGGGAAGAUGGGCUGGUAGCACUUCUCUGGCACAAUAUGCAGGUCUCUCUUCCACCCACUAGCUUCCAUGAAUGUAGACCCUACCCAGACUUCAGGUGGUUGAAGGGGGUAUGCCUUUCCACCUUUCCUUUUCAUGAGCAGGGGAGCACGCAGGCACUGCCAAGGCAAAAUGUCCUUGUAGCAGCAGCACUUGUAAACUGGGAACUGCAGCAUCAAUGUACCUAUAGACAUCGUGUCUCAAACAGGUGAGUGCAUAACUUUAUUGCUUUAAAGGAGAAAAGUAUUGCAGUUGAAUUUGGAGAUAUGAAAUUCAGAAAACUCGUAUGGAAAAAUAAUGUCACUUAGAGACUGCUUUCUCCUUAAGACAAUUGACACUGCAGAAGUCUGCUGUUUACAGUAAGUCAGCACACAGCAAGCACCCUUCAAGACAUGCCAUAUACACCAUAUACAUACAUUUUACAGUGUGGAGGGGCUAAGAAGAAACACAGGUCUGCACGGUUGGGGAACAUGAAACAAAAGCAACUGCAAACUUUUGCAAUGCCCAGCAAGAUCGGAUAAACCACGUGCUAGAAGUUCCUGCACCACGGGUGUUUUAUCAUGGAUAAAAGUGGUGUCAAUAGUCUGUGAACUCAACCUCAUGCAUCAUCAGGGAGCACUAUCCCACAUUGCUGAAUUUAUGUUGUCUGCUCUGUAGUCUGAUUCUCUUGUCGUUCAGCUCACAUACAGAGCUACAAAAUGCUCUGUUUCAGCACUGCCAUGCUGAAUGCAGCCCCAGGUAUCACAGCGCUCAGCACUGAGGAAGCACUUUGUUAACUUGGAUUUGUUCACUGUAUGGAAAUGGAAUGUGAUAGUACUAUCAUAAAAGCUGUCCCUCAAUGCCAGAAGUGGGUGCUCAGGUUGGAGCUGCUCCGGAAUAACCUUGUCCUUGCCAGUCAUGCAGCACUACAUGGCAUGUGCUCCAAUACUUCACCCUUCCAGAAUUCAGAGUGAGCAACACGGAACUGCUCUACGGGGCACAAUAGAGCUGUUGCCCUACUGCCACCAUGGAGGAAUACCCCAUGGUGUAUGUCAUGUACGUGUCAGUGUUGGCUUUGUAAUCGUAUUCCUGACCAGGUCUUUCAUAGAGAAGGAAACUCAAUCACUAGAAUGGAAGAAGGACCACCUAAGAAGAUAUGGAACUGUUUAUUGGGGAACACAGACAGACAUGGAAUGCAUUACACAUAAGCACUGCAAAGGGACAAGAGAAUUGUUCAUAACUAACACCAGACUUGAAAUACUGCCGUUUUCUUGUGCCUUUUUUCCUGAGUUUGCUCACUGCCUGCUUUGUGUUGUUCUGAGUGACUGAAGGAUAAUGUUCCAACGUGUUUCAUUCUGGUCUUUGUUAUGUAUUUUAAAAGCUGCUUUAUGACAGGUGAACCAACAGGAAGAGAUUCUUGUUUUCUGAGCAUACUCCUUGACCUUUAUAAUCUCCUCAGGAAUUAGUGACAGCUGAUUAAACAAAUUUGGGUGCGGGUUAUGAAAUCAGCUUUCACCCUGCAAAGAUUUGUGCAGAGAGGAACCUGAAAGUAGGCCACUCUGUAAGAAAUUACUGAGAGGUAUUAAAGCACUGUGUGCUAUUAAUCUCCCUUUUAGAUGAUAGCACUGCUCUUUGAAGGUGGGUGUAACUCUACAGCUGAAAUACACAAAUGCACAGAGCUAUUUAAUGCUUGGUUGCUUGUCUUAGCCCACAGAAUUACAGUUUGUUAAGACCUCAUGCCCAGGAGCUGAGGGAAUAAGAAGCAAAGGUUAUCAGCCACAGAGACAGGCUUUGGAAACAUGAUGGGGCUUGUUUUUCUCUGUAGAAGGGUACGCAGAGGUGACUCCAGCCCAAGCUGCACAAGGCACAACCCAGCUUUCUCCAGUAGGCUUUCUUAUGCUCCCAACUUUGUU